AUGUCCCUUGCUUCAGGCCCUGGGCCUGGGUGGUUACUCUUUUCCUUUGGAAUGGGACUGGUCUCGGGGUCAAAGUGUCCAAAUAAUUGUCAAUGUCAAGCCCAGGAAGUGAUCUGCACAGGGAUCCAGUUAGCCGAGUACCCCCCCGACGUACCCCUGAACACCCGGAGGCUGUACCUGAAUGAUAACCUCAUCACCUUUUUGCCAGCGAUGAAUCUAGGACUCCUCAGUGACCUUGUUUACUUGGACUGUCGGAAUAACCUGAUUCGCGAGGUGAUGGAUUAUACCUUCGUCGGGGUCUUCAAACUCAUCUACCUUGAUCUCAGCGCCAACAACCUAACCUUGAUCUCCCCAUACAGUUUCUCCGUGCUCAGCAACCUGGUGCAGCUGAACAUCUCCAACAACCCUCACCUGUUCUCUCUGAACAAGUACACCUUUGCCAACACCAGCUCUCUGAGGUACCUGGACCUCAGAAACACCGGCUUGCAGACCUUGGACCAUGCUGCCUUCCAAAACCUCCUAACACUACAGACCCUGUAUCUGGGUGGAAACCCGUGGAAAUGCAACUGCUCCUUCCUGGACUUCACCAUCUACUUAAUAGUGUCCCAUCUGAACCAUCCAGAUGAUCAGAACGCCACGUGCGUGGAGCCGGCCGAGCUGGCGGGCUGGCCCGUCACGCAGGUGGGGAACCCGCUGCGCUACAUGUGCAUCACGCACCUGGACCGCCAGGACUACAUCUUCCUGCUGCUCAUCGGCUUCUGCAUCUUCUCCGCGGGCACCGUGGCCGCCUGGCUCACAGGCAUGUGCGCCGUGCUCUACCAGAACGCCCGGCGCAAGGCGAGCGAGGACGAGGCCGAAGAGGAGCAUGGGCAGAGGGUGGACAGCAGCGGACGCAUCUUCCAAAGCAGGGUGGACUCGGGCCAGGACGGGCUCCCUCAGCUGAUAUAG